AUGUAUAAAAUUUUUAUAGUGUUAUUGUCCACAACCUAUGUCUAUGGCUAUGGUUCCAGUGGUGGAGACAGUUAUGGUUCACUAUCCGGAGGAUUUACUGCUGGUUCUGCAUAUCACAGUUCAGGGGGUGCUUUAAGUGGACUGUUAGCUUCUUUACCAUUGGGAGCACCCAGUCUUGGUUUUGCAAGUGGUGGUCUCGUUGGUUCAAUGGGACUAACAGGUGGUCAUGUUUCUGGUCAUCCCGUGUCCGUUGCUGUUAACACAAAGCGAACCUUUGAAGUGGUUCGGGUGCCGGUAAACCACGAAAUACCUGUACCACAAGUUAUAGAUGUUGAGCCUAGUCUACAACCAGUUCAGGUUGUUUUCAGAUCGGCCUCCAGUCCCGUUCACGUCCAACAGUUUCACACACCAGGAAAGCCCGGACGGGUUGAGUCAACUCAGUCAGAGGAUGAGCCGCACAGAGUGCUUCACGAAGUAACCCGUCCUGUCAUUCAAGAAGUUCGUGAAGUUAUUCAACCCUAUCGUCGAGUCAUACAAGAAGUGAGACCUGUUGUUGAAGAAGUUCAUACUGUUGUAGCCAAAGGUGAGAAUAGAGGACAUUCGGGAAAUUCAGGACAUUCAGCAAAUUCUGGACAUUCGGGAGGGAUUUCGGGAGGGAUUUCGGGACAUUCUGGUUUGGGAGGUCUCGGUGCGUAUGAAGAGGCCACUCCUAUACUGAUAGAAGAGGCUCCUUUGGCCGGUGGUUUUGUUGGGGGUCUAGAACUUAAUGACAAUUCAUUGACCUACGGAGCUACCCGUCCCAGUGCUGGUGGAUAUAGAAAGAAAGCCCGACGAGCAAAGGCUGCCGCUUAA